AUGCCGAGAACCAGGAACGGUGGCGGCGUUUCGUCCGCGACGGCCGGCGCGGCGGAGGUGUCCGUCGUCGUGGACGUGCCGGCGCUGUGGAGCGACGAGGGAAGGAUGAAGCGGGAGCUGGUCGUGUGGGCCAAGGCUGUGUCGUCCAUGGCCAUCAGGGAAACGAUGAUGCAGUGCUGA